AUGGCAGCGUCUGCACCGGAAGCGACAGCAACAGAUGCACAACCGCAACAAACCGCUUCGUCUUCAAAGACGCCUUUGUAUGAGGCGAGCACUCAGUACCGGAAUUGGAGAUUCUCUCGAGAAAGCCUCGCCCAGAUGCGAGCGUCAAUGAAUGAAGCCGCUGUCAAAGCUAUUCGUAGCAAGAUUGAGGCAAACGAGCCAGGAUCCUCGGCAAAUACGACUUUCCUGACACCCGACGAGGAGGUCUUGCUGGUCAAGCUCUACGUGGCCCAGGUUAUCGCUGCGGGUAACAAAGUUAGAGCCCAACAAGAAACUGUGUCGACGGCAAUGAGUUAUCUUAAACGGUUCUACCUGAGGAAUACUGUCAUGGAUUGGCACCCCCGAAACGUUAUGUUAACUUGCUUGUUCCUCGCAACCAAAACAUGCAAUGCCCCGUUAUCCAUCGAGUAUUUCGUUCAGCAAUUCCAGAAAACGGAGCCUUCUGAUGUCCUCGAUCUGGAGUUUCUAGUCGCUCAGUCACUGUCCUUCGAGUUCUCAUCCCUCCCUGAUUUAACCAUAGAUCUCCAAGAAUCUGUGUACAAUGCUGCAAUGGCUCAGGUACAAGCUUCAAGGUUCACCGACGCAGAAUUCAUCUACACCCCAUCACAAAUUGCACUGGCAAGCCUUGCCCUCACCCUCCCAGAUGCAGCCAAGGCAUGGUUCAACUCCAAACAAUCGGAAGCUCACCCAAUUGAUUGGGCUGUCAUCGAAGAAAUCAUGAACUUGAUCACUACGGAAGGCAGGCCACCCAACAUCGACACCGUUCGCGAGAUCGAUAGGCGCUUGAAGUUGUGCAAGAACCCGGAGAAGGUGCCUGGAAGUAAAGCCUAUGUUGCUAAAAAGAUGCUCGAGGAGAAGAGGGCGGAGGAGAGGAGGAACAGAAAGGCUGCGGAGGCCCAGAAAGCAAUUGAAGAGGACCCUUUCGGAAGCGAUGUUGCCAAACCACGGAUAGCUCUUGUCGAUUACGAUGAUGACGACGACGACGACGAUUAA